CUACCGCCAGUAUCAGGUAAUGAGCGGCACUGGCUUCAAAAUUAAGUUGACAAAGCGGGCAGCCAUGGCCAACGACAUGACCGACAACAUCACCAAGGUUCUGGUGCAGUCCGCCAAGCUGAUGGAGGAUCAGGUGGAUGCGGAGUUGGUCAAACUCAACGAAAUGGACGAAGACGACUUUGAGAAAAUGAGGGAGCGACGACUAGAGGCGCUGAAGAAAGCCCAGAAACAGAAGCAGGAGUGGUUGUCAAAAGGACACGGAGAGUACCAGGAAAUUCCCAGUGAGAAAGAAUUCUUCGGCGAGGUCAAGGAGAGCAAGAAAGUUGUCUGCCACUUCUACAGAAGCUCCACCUUCAGAUGUAAGAUCGUGGACAAACACUUGGCCCUGCUGGCAAAGAAGCACGUGGAGACCAAAUUCAUCAAACUCAACGUGGACAAGGCGCCUUUCCUGACCGAGCGGCUGCGCAUCAAGGUCAUCCCUACCCUGGCGCUGUUCAUCGACGCCAAGUCAAAGGACUACGUGGUGGGCUUCGGCGACCUGGGGAACACAGACGAGUUCAGCACCGAGAUGCUGGAAUGGCGACUGGGCUGCGCCGAUGUUAUCAAUUACAGCGGUAACCUGAUGGAGCCGCCCACAUCCACGCAGAAGCCUCACUCCAGGUUCACCAAAGUGGAGAAGACCAUCAGGGGCCGGGGCUACGACACGGAUUCUGACGACGACGACUGAGGCACGCCGAAAGCCGUUUCGUUUUCUCUCCCUGGGCUACCUCGUUUAUAGCGUCUCUCAGCCGGCCCUCUUUUCUUUUACCACUUUGUCCUUUCAUCAUUUGAAUAAAAGUUUUCAUAAGUAAAAGAAAAUCACUUCACAUUAGAGAAUUUCAUAGUGAACUGCUCAACAUAGUCUAACAGGAAUUUCAUUCUUUAUUGAAUAAGUUAUUCUUGAUGUCAGCCCUUUAACAUUGACACAUGCUAGUGCAAAGAUAUUUUAUUUAGAAAUGUUUUUACUACAUGAAGCAAGAGUUGGGAAACCGAAUUCAUUAAAAAAUAUAUAUAAAACUGGAAA